CAGCUUGUCAGGAUUAGGUCAAAAGACGGAAACUUUCGUUUCGAGGUUUCUCCUCAAGAUGACGUAGCCGCUCUGCUUCACUGGCGAUCUAAUUGCCCACAGAUCCUGGAGACCACUGUCAACCCAGACCCAUCGUCCAUCACAAUCUCCAAUCAGCCUCGCGGCAGCGAGGUCAAAAUCGCUUCCUUCAAGGGCAAGACUCUGCAAUCCCUUGGGCUCAAACACGGCGAUUUGAUUUUUGUUGGAUAUAACCCAGGCAUUGCUACUAGCACAUCGGCUCCAGAAAUCACGACAAACCAGCCGUCUGCUGAAAGUAGCCAGCGUCAGCCUACCACCAAUGUCUGGGAACGUGUCAAGGAGGAUCCUGUCGAUGAAUAUUGGAGAUCGCAAGACGGGAAAAUUCCUCGAGGGCGCGACGCACGCUUCUGCAAGCAUGGCGCGAACGGGAUGUGCGAUUACUGCAUGCCUCUCGAGCCAUAUGACUCUGGAUACCAUGCAGAGCACAACAUCAAGCACUUAUCCUACCACGCGCACCUUCAGAAGCUUUCUCCAAAAACAUCCUCCUCAGCAACUUCCUUGCUACCAUCUCUCACACCGUUAUCGUACAAGGUGAAAGUGCCUUGCCCAAGCGGAGGUCACGCUCCUUGGCCUGCCGGUAUCUGCACUGCAUGCCAACCGUCCGCGAUCACAUUGCAAUCACAGCCGUUUCGUACGGUUGAUCAUCUUGAGAUUGCAUCGCAGGACAUCAUCGAGCGGUUUUUGCAAGCAUGGCGUACUACCGGAAUGCAACGCUUUGGCUGGCUCAUCGGUCACUAUGAGCCAUAUGAUAAGGUUCCAAUGGGUAUUAAAGCUGUGGUAGAAGCCAUCUACGAGUCACCUCAAGAAGGAGAACUUGAUGGUCUGACACUUGGCAUCCCAUGGGAAGAGGAACAACGUAUCCGGGAACUUGCCAGAUGGUCGUCGACACCUCUCUCCAUCGUGGGAUACAUCUUCACCGACCUCACGCCUACUCCAGACGAUAGAACGAGAAGUAUCUAUAAGAGGCAUCCGCAAUCUUUCUUCUUGUCGUCGCUUGAGGUAAUCUUUGCGGCUACGAUGCAGAAUCUGCAUCCCACACCCUCCAGGUCAUCGACUACCGGCAGUUUUGGCUCACGCCUUGUGACGGCUGUCUUGACAGCUACAGAAGACGGUCAGGUUGACAUCAGCGCAUAUCAGGUCUCAGAACAGGCGUGUGCGAUGGUUGAUGCGGACAUGAUCGAAGCCAGCGUUGAUCCUGGCAUCGUCCGCGUAAAGGAAGAGGAUCGGGACCAGGACUCGGCCCGUUACGUUCCCGACGUUUUCUAUAGGUACAAGAACGAGUAUGGACUCGAAGUCAAGAAAAAUGCAAAACCCUGCUUCCCAGUGGAAUACCUUAUAGUGAAUGUCACACAUGGUUUUCCACAAAAUCCAUCCCCAAUAUUUAAAUCGAACUCGUUUGCCAUCGAGAACCGCCCAGGCGUAGAAAAUCAGCAUGUCGAGGGUGUCAUUGCAUCCCUUGCGAGGAUGGAUGCACCGAAUGUUACGAGCGAUCCCACACAAAACCCACAAAAGCUUAUCGAGCUUGCAAGGUGGUUGAGCGAUUGGCAUCUCAUCGCAUUCUUGGGGACGACUCAAUUGAUUUCUCAGGAUGAUAUGAAGACCCUUACUCGCGUCGCAACAUCGCCGGCGAUACUCCAAGACUUGACGCCAUUGUCUGAUCUGUUCAAAACUGAAGGCUGGCAAACGCUGAUGACCUUCACGCGCGAAAGCGCCCCUGCGGUACCAACGUCCUCUCAUCUCGGUUCCUCUGGUUCAAGAAUGGACGAUGACAUACCCUCAGAAGUGUUCGACCAGAUUGCCGCGGAGGAAGCGGCAGCGCGUGGAUCUACAGGUGGUGGCAAUGGUGGUGAGGACUCUUCGGGCAUUAGGAUCUGCCCUCAUUGUACGUUUGAGAACGUACAUGGGGGAAGCGAUUGUGAGGUCUGCGGAUUACCUUUAAGCUAA